UCGUCAAUCUAGGACCGAUGAGCUAUGACGACGAAGUUCACGACUAUAUGCAUGCCUAGCUCUCUAGCCGUUUUUUACACGAAUAGUGGGCGUGCAGAAAAGUUCUGCAAACUGAGGCUAACUAACAUAGAACAUUGCAUGCAGACGUAUUGAUGAUCAUUUGGAAACGCAUGUCAGUGCGACAGUGUCGUGCGCGCGGGUCAUGCGGCCGGCGUUGCGCCUCCCAAUGCUCUGUCUCUCCCCGUCGCCAUGAAAGCGAAAGGAAAACAGCUAAAUUCCAUCACUUCCUUUGCAUUCACAUCAUCACUUUGUUGCCUGUUUGGUGGUUGUAGGUCCGCCUGCUCUGCCAACCCAUCCGGCGGUCCGGUCCGGCCAUCCAGCCCUCCCUCGGCCAGUCAGCACGGCGUGCGCACACCAGCCUGCGGAAAGCCCAGGCCGCCCUUCUGCUGCCUGCGCCGCUGCACAAAGCUAACGGAUUCUUCUGUCACACUGCAGACUAAUAAAGCUGCACGUCUCUGCCUCUCUGUCCACUGUCACAGUGCACGACGAGCUUUGCUUCUUGCCUUCUUCAUAUAUACUCUGCUUUGUGCUUUUCCAGCGGUCUGCUGUCUUACGCGCAUGUACGAGAAGCGAGCUGAUCAGGCGGCCGCCAUGGCAAGAGAAUUCCACGCUGCGUCACCGGCGGUUACCGUGCCUGCCUCGCCGCUCCCGUCAAAGAACGCCGGGGGCGGCCUCGCAAACCUCCAAUGGCUGCUCAGGAAGCGCGCCAACAAGGUGCAGCAGGGCCGGUCCGUCACCGUCGAACAGCAAGAGGCCGCCGACGACUGCGACGACGAGUGCGCCUCCAUGUUCGCCGGCGCCACGCCCUACAACGUCCCCGUCGCCGUCGCUGGUCCAACUCCAGACGACGCGCCGGGCAGGAAGCGCCACGGGGAAGCGCUUUCGCGGCUCCGGUCGGCGAUCCUGGCCGUGCUAGCUCGAGCGCGGCGCGGGCGCGGGAGGCGGCCGCUGGGGUCCUGCGCCACCGUCACCGGCACCAUCUUCGGCCGCCGCCGCGGCCGCGUGCACCUGGCCCUGCAGACCGACCCGCGCGCCCCGCCCGCGCUCAUGGUCGAGCUCGCCGCCUACUCCACCGGCGCGCUCGUCAGGGAGAUGGCCUCGGGACUCGUCCGCCUUGCUCUCGAGUGCGAGAAGGCACCCGCACCGCCGAAGCAAACUGGUGACCCAUCCAUCGAUGUCGAUGCUUACUUUGGCGGUGACCAUCACCACCAGAGGCGACCACGUCAGCAGACGGCGCUGGUGGAGGAGGCCACCUGGCGCGCGUACUGCAACGGCCGCAAGUGCGGCUACGCGCUGCGGCGGGACUGCGGCGCGGACGAGUGGCGGGUGCUGCGCGCCGUGGAGCCGGUCUCCGUGGGCGCCGGUGUGCUCCCCGACGGCGACAACGUGGGCACGGGAGCCGCCGCCGCCGGCGAGGGCGACCUCAUGUACAUGAGGGCCAAGUUCGAGCGGGUGGUGGGGUCCAGGGACUCGGAGGCGUUCUACAUGCUGAACCCCGACGGCGGCACCGGGCCCGAGCUCAGCAUCUACCUUCUCAGGGUCUAGAUGACAAAAUAGACAUGUAUAACAUAUAAUAAUAUGCUGUUCGUUUGCGUGCCUUUUGGUUUUUAUUAUUGUGAAAACAACAUGGGCUUCUUUCUGCGUGUGUUUUGGUUGUUUUGGCUGCAUUGUGCAUGCAGUUACUGGCUAAUUUGAUAGUGUCACUUUGUCAUUGUCUCGAUUCUCUACUUAGACUACUCAUGCAGUCAUGCCCCUUUUAGAAUGCACGAAUUUUGGAGAAAUCGUUUAGAAA